AAGGUCCGCGGGUGCUCGGAGCCACUGCGGCCGCGGGUGGGCGUCCCCCGUCCCCCCUCGGGAGGUUGUGCCGCUCGGAGCCGGCGUGAAGCAGGAUCGCGGUGGGGAGGAAACCCGAGUUUGCGGCGCCGCUGCCGCCGGUUUUCAUUCCCUACCCACCUUUGGAAGGAGCUCACUAUGACAGGGCAGAGUCUGAGGGCUUUAUCUGAAGCGAAUUUUGAAGACAAUGAGAUCAGCAUCAACGUUGGAGGCUUUAAGAAAAAGAUGAGAUCCAACACAUUAUUAAGGUUCCCCGAGACCAGGCUGGGCAAAUUGCUGAGCUGCCACUCAAAGGAGUCUAUACUGGAGCUUUGUGAUGACUAUGAUGACACCAAGAAUGAAUUUUAUUUUGACAGGAACCCCGAGCUCUUUCCUUACGUGCUACAUUUUUAUAACACUGGCAAGCUCCAUGUGAUGGGUGAACUCUGUGUCUUUUCUUUCAGCCAGGAGAUUGAAUACUGGGGAAUCAAUGAAUUCUUUAUAGACUCCUGCUGCAGUUAUAGCUACCAUGGGAGGAAAAUGGAGCCAGACCAAGAGAAAUGGGAGGAACAAAGUGACCAGGAAAGUACAACAUCUUCUUUUGAUGAGAUUUUGGCAUUCUACAAUGAUGCCUCUAAAUUUGACAAACAGCCCUUUGGAAACAUCAGGAGGCAGCUCUGGCUUGCUUUGGAUAAUCCUGGCUACUCGGUUUUAAGCCGCAUCUUCAGUGUCCUUUCAAUAGUGGUGGUGUUGGGCUCCAUUGUGACCAUGUGCCUGAACAGCCUUCCAGACUUUCAGAUUGUUGACAGCAACGGCAACACCGAGGAAGACCCUCGCUUUGAAAUCGUGGAACAUUUUGGUAUUGCAUGGUUCACUUUUGAACUGGUGGCAAGAUUUGCAGUAGCUCCUGACUUUUUAAAAUUUUUCAAGCAUGCCCUGAAUUUGAUUGACCUAAUGUCUAUCCUUCCAUUUUAUAUUACAUUAAUUGUCAACUUGGUGGUGGAAAGUAGUCCAACAUUAGCAAAUUUAGGCAGAGUUGCACAAGUCCUGAGACUCAUGAGGAUUUUCCGCAUAUUAAAGCUUGCUAGACACUCCACAGGUCUCAGGUCUCUUGGAGCAACUCUGAAGUACAGCUACAGAGAGGUGGGGCUUCUUUUACUCUACCUCUCUGUUGGCAUCUCCAUUUUCUCAGUAGUGGCUUACACCAUUGAGAAAGAAGACAAUGAGGGGUUAGCCACAAUCCCUGCUUGUUGGUGGUGGGCUACUGUUAGCAUGACCACAGUUGGCUACGGGGAUGUGGUGCCAGGGAGCACUGCUGGCAAGUUGACAGCAUCUGCAUGCAUCCUAGCUGGUAUCCUAGUGGUAGUGCUUCCCAUUACACUGAUCUUUAAUAAAUUCUCCCACUUCUAUAGACGUCAGAAGCAGUUAGAGAGCGCCAUGAGAAGCUGUGAUUUUGGUGAUGGCAUGAAAGAAGUUCCAUCUGUCAACUUAAGGGACUACUAUGCUUAUAAAGUUAAAUCCCUUAUGGCCAGUCUGACCAAUAUGAGCAGAAGUACCCCCAGUGAGUUGAGCCUGAAUGAUUCACUGCAUUAGUGUACAAGUCUGACAGCAGUUUGCAUGAGAGCUAUCAAGAGCUAUGUUUAUAAAUGUUUUCCUAUUUGUCUUUUUUUUUUUUUCCCAAGAAGAUAGUGUUGCUGACACUGCACUUUGCACUUGAGAAACUAAAGACAUUUCUAUUACAAGUUAACAGUUUGCACAUUUUCAUCCUGUUGCAUAAGGGUACUAAGUGCUGACUUUUCCAUACAAAUGUUACCACUUCCAUGCCAUUAGUGCUGGUGGUAUAGUGAUGAUCUGUUACUUUAUGCAUCUUCUCAUAUGAGCAGAGAAAUUAAUGUACCCAAGUGGAAUAAAAAUUCUCAGCUGUCACAUGAGUAAUGAAAAAAUCACCUAUCACUUAUAUUGGUGUCUGUACUAGUAUAAGACUUCCCAUGCAUUUUACAAGGGUUUGAAAGAGCCACCUGUGAGUCACUGAUACAGGAACACUUCUACCUAUAUUGCUGACCAAUAAUUCUGAUCAUCACUUGCCUGAAAACACCUCUGAGUUUGCUUAUUCUUUAGUAUGUGUGUUAAAAUCUGGGUGUUGUUGUCCUGAAAUGUUAUGUAUAAUAAUAUUUUUCAGAAUCUUCUGGGCAUAGACCUUCCUCCAUUUCCAAGACUAGAUCAAUACCAAGCCCUCUAAAGAAGGCCACCCCUCAUUUUCAGAUAGCUACAUAUUCUAAGACUACAUUUCCACAAGUGACUCUAGGUAUGGAAGCCCAUCUAGAGUUCUCAGGAUUCCAUUCCGAGAAGGGAUCUGCUCACAGCUCAGUCCCAGUGCAACUGCAAAUGUGUUGUAUCAGUCCACCAAAAUGGUUUUGAGAUUAGACAUACGAAAAUGUGGGCUUUAAACAAUUAGAAGCACCAAUGAAAAACUUGGAUUCGAUUAAUGAAGUGAAAUAUUCCCACAUGAACAGUACAGGCAGCAUUUUAGGAGUUGACAUUCAUAUACUGCAAAAAGACUAAUUAUAAAGAUGCCAUAUGUGAUGCUGAGAUAUAAAAUCUAAUUUUAUCAGUAAAGCUUGAAAGCAGGUGUUGAUGACAGACAAUUUCAUUAAAAUUUCUGCCAAGGAAUCUCUAAGCAAAAAAACCAUUUUCACUCAGAAAGAAACUCUUAAUUUACAGAUAAGGGAGAGCAUAAAAGCCUAAGAAGGGAACAGAUAAAGAGUUUAAUACUGCAGUUAUCUGUGGGUAGAUCCUCCUACCUACUUCUGUUAUGUCAAUUUUAAUCCUUUCAAGGGCUGGCAUAUACUUGUUUAAAGAAAAAAACAACAUGAGAGAACAGAUCAUAUGUGAUUUCAAGAGUAAUAAUGAAUCUUCAUAGAGUGGUUUUAUGAGUGCUUAGUCUUCUCCCUUAAACAAUUGUAUAGAGAUCAAACUUGUAGUCAACAGGCAGAAGCCACUGCUUCUCUCUUUUUACUUCUGUGCUAGAAAAAAAACUACUGGCACUCAGUGGGCAGAACAGUAUUUCUCUUCAGAUCCUACUGCUGUUCCAUCCCAUUCAUUACAUAUAAUGUUCCAAUUAAUUUUUUUUUGUUUUACUUGGGAAGACUAGAGAGGUGCAGAAAUUAAAUUCAAGCUAGUUGGAAGAGAAAUUAAAAUACAAAAGCUGAAAUUGUCUUGUUUGGAAGACUGUGUUUUUCAUGACAAACGGGGACUCAACCAACAAAAUAAAGCAAAUAUGAUAUGAAUAGUUAAUUGCCUCAUUUAGGCUAUUAGAGGUUGCAGCUUGGUCUGGAUCUUUUGAUACUGUAUCAGCUCCACCUAAAAAAAAGAAAGCUGAGCACCCAGGACCAGAUUUCUGUUUGCCCGGUGAUCUAUGACAGAAUACACAGUGUGAAAUAACUUACCCCAUUUCUGUUGAACACCCUCACUUCUGUAGCUGAUUUAGGCCAUGAAGUGUGAGGGAAAAAGGGCCUUUCCCACCUUACCAAUUAUUGACACAGCCUGCACAAGUUAUAAGUCAAUUGGCAAGCCAUUGCUUGCUGUCCCUGAAAUUGAAAGUGCCAUAUACGUGGUUCUGAAGGUAGACCUAGAUAACUUGAAUUUGGUAUCCAAACUUGAAAUAUUUUGCUAAGGUUUACGCUUCUGGAUAGGGCUGGUUCAAUUCAAUUUGUGCUGACUCCCAGGCAUAAAUUCAGUACUCCUGUCCCUGAUUCAUACUGCACGUGUGUAAGCUAUGACACACCCACAAACAGCCACCUCACACACGCAGCAGCGGCAGCAUGAGGUCACUCGUUGAACUGAAAUACCAAAAAAGAAACAAGGGGAGGAAGAUGUGGGCAUGGGCAGCACAUACCGUCCAGUCAUGCUGCAAGGGUGGCAAAUUCUCUUACUGAUGCAAAGGACACUGCAAACUCCAUCUCUUGGUUGGGGCUUUUGGAGAACUCGGCUCCAAGCAGUGGUUUUAUCUCAGUUUCACAAAGAGUAGAUUUACAGAGCUGAAAACCAGAGACUUUCAGAGGAAUUAUUUGGUGAGACCUGUAGACUUGCCAAAGAGCCACAAAUUCCCUCAGCUGUUGCUAGUUUAACAUUGCAAAGGCUGGAUUUAACUUUGCAACACAUCAUUUCAAUAACCUAUAGCUUAUCUUAUGUUCUAGAUUUAUUAUUAUUUGUAGGGCUGAUGUUCUGUCAUUUCUGCAAAUAUUGACUGGAACGUGUCCAAAUUGCAUUUUACUAAAGAAAAUGAAAUACCCAAGGAUUCCAACUUCUAUUGUAUUGGUUGAAAGGAAUUUUCAUUAUUGCAUUUUUAUAUAAGUGCUUUUGAUCAAAGACACUAAAUAAAGUAUUGAAAUUUAAGAUGUUCUUAUUAUCAUGACAAUUACUUUACACAGUGCACAGGAAUUACUUUCAUAAACUUAACUAACUCCAUGUUAAAAGUAGUCACAUUUUUGCUCCCCGCUCCUCCUGAAGACCAUUCCAGAGCUGUGCUGCUCUCCAAGACUUGCACUUUUAGCACAAUUUUAUUAAUGGCCGCUUUAUACCAAUAUAGUUUUUUGUUUUCUUUUGCCAACACUGUUCUUUAGCUUAAAUAUUUCAUUUUCCUCUUAGUGUAUUCAUAGACAGCAACCAUAUGGCCUUACAUACAUAUUUUCACAGGUUUAUACCUCUCAAGCUUCCUUUUAGUUUUCUUUUUGCAAGUCCUGUUCUCCUGACCAUGCUAUGAGAUGUAGCCAUUUUUUUUUUGCAUUACUUCUGCUUAGAUUUAUUAUGUUUGAGCAUUGGACAGUAUUGUACAGAAGCUUUAAUAUUUGCUUAUGACUAACAGAAUUUUUCACUGAGCAGAUUAACAAUUUAAUGAUUUAAGAAAUAUUGCUGUCUCAGCUGCCCCAAAAUAUCUAGGUAAGGAAGAACAGGGCAUGUUUCCCACCAUUUUAUGAAGUAAUGUCAUUUUAGGGCUCAGUGCAGUAAGUGCUGCAAAAACUUAUCUCUCAUUAAAUAAAAGUACAGGAAAAUGUUUACAUUACACUUUGAAAAAAAAAUGCAAUCUCUCCAAAGCCUCACGGGGAGAAGAGGUGGGGCACUUUUUGCACAGUCAGUACUUCUGCCAGACUUUCUCACUCACUACUGUGUGAGAGCAGGGCAUCUGCACUUCCAUACACCACUGGGUCAGAACUGAAGGAUGAGAGGACUGACUGGCCACUUUCUCUGGAGUUGGAAAAUUUCCGUGGUCAGGAAUCUGCACAGUAUGGAUGUGCAGUUCACUGAAGAACAUUGCAUCGGCCUAUGCUCCUCCUGCCUGUGACAGUCACCUUCAUGGCACCAGUGAAAAUGCUGUGCCUACUCUCUUUCAUCUGAGAGCUUUGUAUCAUUUAAAUGAGAAUUGUGGUAAUAUUUCAAAUGAGGUAAAUAUUGCAAAGAAUAAACUGUUAGAGAAUCUGGAUUUCUAGUACAAAUCUAGGGUAUUAUGAGAGUCAGAGAUACCCUUGAGAAGCAAUAUGUUACAUUAUGUUCCUGAGAUGUAAAAUCUAUAUAUAGAUUGUGAUUAAGCUUUUUAUGUAUGUUCAGAUUUUGUGUUAUUGCCUGGUUUAUUACUCAUUUACUUUCAUCAGUUGCUAAUUCUCUCUUUCCCUGCAGAUUUUCCAUUUUGAAAACAGACUGGUUUUUCCUCCCAUGUUAUAUAGAGCAUGGGCUACUUCACAUUGCAAACUUAAAAUCAAAAAACUUUGCAUUUAAUUUUCCAAAUUUAAUACCUCCAGUAUUUGUACCUUUUUGUAUAGAACUUUACCAGAUUGCAGGGAACUAGCAUAUCUGGAUCUCUUUGUACUGUGUGUCUUGUCCCAGUGGUGUGUAAUGCACUAAAGAACUCAGUUUUGUGCCAUAAAAUGGAAAUUAAAUGUAUAAAAAAU